AUGUGUCGCAUUCUAAGCUUCCAUACACCCCACAACACUCAAUCCAGCGGGUCGAUGCCUUCCCGGGUCAUUUGGUGGCAAGUUUCCUGUUGCAUCAAGAAAGUCCCCUUCGCGCUGACGUCGGUCAUUUCAGUAACGCUGCGCAGCACUCACUCCAUCUUGAAACGAGCGCGUUUUGUUGGCGCAUUAAUAUGCGUUCGCUCCUGUCACACUCCAAAUGAUCCCAAAGCGGGGCCUAACAAGAAUCGAUUGACGGUUAUGGCCAAGCGGUAUUUUCCCGACCAACCUGUGAUUUGCGUGAUCUUACCUAUAUCUCAGCUGUGGGAUGCGCAGAAUCAGAUUAAUCGUCCCCAUGGGAUUGCAUUUAGCCAUACCAACAAUGGCGUCAUUCGGGAUAUGAAGAUUUGGAAGCCCAUAGCCUGGAACUCCCCAACGAGCGGUACUUCAAAUAUCCAUGUGUUAAAUAACAAGAUCAUCGCUGUGUCGAGCACUCAGUCCUUCCCAUUCAACACCGAUGGGUUUUCUGCUGGGGGAGCUAAUAUGAUUCUCGAAGACAACCUUAUCCAGAAUGGCGACGACGGCCUUACUGUUGGAAGUGGCGCGUCUAAUAUUACCUUCAGGAGCACCUAUUGUGAAGGCGGGCAUGGACUUUCGAUCGGGUCCCUCGGAAAAGCUGGUCUGGUCGCCAAUGUCCAAAACGUCCUCAUUGAGAAUAUCCAGAUGGUUGGUCUCCAUCGUUGCCUGAUACUUAUUGAAAUGAAGUAUGAUCUCUGCUUUUCCCAAGAAAAACAGAUUAUAUGGCGCUCGAUUCAAGAGCUGGGCAGGCGGCAAUGUUCUCGCAUGAAACAUUACAUGGAAAAGCGUCGUCUUCGACAACGUUUCAUUCCCCACAAAUCUACGUGA